AUGGUCAACGUGAACCGUCCCAAGUUCCAGGUCCCCACCCGGCAAUCGCUAGGGUUGACUACCCAUGUCGACUAUGCGAAGUACAACCCGAGCCACGAUGGCUCAGACCAGGCGAGAAAGUCUCUGGGACACCUCGACUACUCGCCACUUCGCCGUAUCACUUUGCCCUCGUUCUACAUGGCCGUAUUGAUCUCGAUGGGCGGCUUCAUCUUCGGUUAUGAUACAGCAGGUCAGAUCUCUGGCUUCUUGGCCAUGCCCGAUUUCCUGGAAAGGUUCGGCUUGCAGCAUGACGAUGGCACCUAUUACUUCAGCAACGUUCGUUCUGGCCUCAUCGUGGGCAUGCUCUCAAUUGGUACGCUGAUGGGCGCCUUGGUUGGUGGUCCCAUCGCCGAUAUUAUUGGGCGGAAGCCUUCCGUCCAAGUCUGGUGCGGUAUCUUCUGCGUAGGCAAUAUCGUCAUGAUAGCUGCCGACGACAAAUGGUACCAGGUUAUGAUGGGUCGUUGGGUCCAAGGUUUAGGCGUCGGCGCGCUCUCCCUGCUAGUACCAAUGUACAUGGCCGAAACAGGUCCCCGCCAUAUUCGUGGCUCACUGAUCUCCACCUACCAGCUGUUCAUCACUUUUGGUAUCUUCCUCGCUGCCUGUAUCAACUUUGGCACCAAUGAGCACCAACGCGGUAAUUCCGGUUCCUGGCGUAUCCCGCUCGGCGUCGGCUUUCUCUGGCCAAUAAUCCUGGCUGGAGGUAUCACCUUCUUCCCUGAAACCCCUCGCUUCGUGUACCGCCGUGGUCGGAAGGAAGAGGCCAAGGCCACCAUGAUGAAAGUCUACGGUGCCCCGGCCAAUCAUUUCGCCAUCCACGUCGAGCUCGAGGAGAUCGAACAGAAGCUGCGUGCCGAAGAACAGCAGCGCACUCUCGUUGGCGAGUGGAUUCAUAUGUUCUCCGCGCCCAAGAUGUUCUACCGUAUCGCUCUGGGUAUGGGUUUGCAGAUGUUCCAGCAGCUGACCGGUGCCAACUACUUCUUCUAUUAUGGCACGGUCAUUUUUCAAGCAACAGGCAUCAACAACUCUUUCGUGACCCAGAUGAUUCUGAACGGAAUCAAUUUUGGCACAACCUUCUACGGCUUGUAUAUUGUCGAACAUUACGGCCGCAGGAAAUCGCUGAUCGUCGGAUCCGUGUGGAUGAGCAUGAUGUUCUUUAUCUUCGCCUCUGUUGGUCACUUCUCGCUCAACCGCGAUGACCCACAAAGUACCGAAGAUACUGGCACCGCCAUGAUCGUUAUCGCCUCUCUGUUCAUUUUCGGCUUCGCUACCACCUGGGGCCCUAUGAUCUGGACCAUCUGCGGCGAGCUCUACCCCUCCCGCUACCGCGCCAAGGGUAUGGCCCUCUCCACCGCUUCCAACUGGUUCUGGAACUUCCUCCUCGCCUUCUUCACCCCCUUCAUCACCGGCGCCAUCGACUUCCGUUAUGGCUACGUCUUUGCCGCCUGCAACCUCGUCGGUGGUCUGAUCGUCUUCUUCUUCGUUAUGGAAGGCCAAGGCCGCACCCUCGAAGAGAUCGACACCAUGUACAUCUCAGGCGUGCUGCCAUGGAAAUCGUCCAAAUGGGUGGCGCCGCCUCCAGAGGAGAUCGCGAGGAUCCGCAAGGAGGCUGGCACGGAUCUUGCCGUUGAUCCUGAGGAUCCCAUCCAGCAGCAUCGGAGCCGUGAGCAAGACGCGGCGGCGUUGGCGGCUGCGAGAGAGAAGGAGCAGGACUUGGACCGUAGCUCGGGUGAGGCGGAGGGGGAACAUCGCGAGGGCCACUAG